UUGAUGUAAAAGGACAACAAACAGAGGCUGCAGUGGAUUGCGUAAAGACUUUACGCAUGGAUAAUCUGGACGGGGGGCGCCUCCGUGACGCGUAAUGAACCAAAGUUAGAGAGGGGAGAGAGAGAGAGAGAGAGAGAGAAAGUGGAGCUUUUGUCACCGAUGGAAAUCUUCCGGGCCGGCGCUGAAAGACUGAUAGUCUCUGCUUCAGGACACACCCUCCGUGCGCUCUCUCUCUCUCUCUCUCUCUCUCUCUCUCUCUCUCUCUCUCUCUCUCUCUCUCUCUCUCUCUCUCUCUCUCUCUCGCCCUCUCUUUCUCUUUCUCAUUGUUUCCCACACUGACUCGCCGCCAGGCUCUGUAUGCGCUCGACAAAUGACCAGCCGGCCGCUUUUUGCACGAGGAGCGCACAAAGGAAAAUAAACUUCAGGCUAACCAACAACAACAACAACAAAAACAACAAUAACAAAAAUGGGCUAGAAUCGGAACACGUUCGAUUGCUUCAGGGCUUGAUUGAUCAGCCUUGAAGAGAGAGGGAGAGUGACCUAAUUGGGAUGAGAGUUCAAGUCCAGCUCGCCGCCAGAUUGGACCUUUAAAGCCGCUUUAAAGAGGAAGGAGAACCGUAGCUACCCUCCGGUGGCACGUUUAUGGUCGUGGUGCGUUUGUAGACUGACACUUUUCAGGAGGGGCGCAGGUGUAUGCGCGGCGGGUGCAUAUCAAAGCAGGGAUGAACUAAGUGGGAACCAGAAAGGGGUGUCAAAGGUUCGGUUCGGAAUAGGGGCGGAGGAGUGGAGGUGGAGGGGGCGACCAUCGCCUUCCUCCGAAACCAGGAUGGAAGGCACAAGUCGGCCGGAGCCCAACAGCGUCACCGGCAAGCCUGCCGCGCACACAGAGAGCCUCCACCUACAGCGGGUUGUGAUCUUCCUCGUCGCGCUCGUCAUGCAACCACAGGUGGUACGCACGGUGGGGAUGUUCGAGCUGCAGAUUCGCCACUAUCAGAACCCCAACGGAGUCCUUCUGAACGGAGACUGCUGCGACAUCCCGGUUGGCGGCGGGCAGCGCUGCUCGUCUCGAGACCAGUGUGACACUUUUUUCCAAGCCUGCCUCAAGGAGUACCAGGCCCGCGUGGUCCCGACCGGAACCUGCACCUUUGGCUCAGGCAGCACCGGGAUAUUGGGAGGAAAUUCCCAGUUGCUCCAUCGCCGCGUUCAUGAUGGAGGAGGAGGAGGAGGAGGAGGAGAUGAUGGCAACAAUGGACUCAUUGUCAUUCCCUUCAAAUACGCUUGGCCAAAGUCCUUCUCUUUGGUUUUGGAGGCUCAGGAUGAUGACAACAGCACAUCACAACCAGAUCAGCUGAUUGAGCGUGUUCUUCUCUCCUCCAUGUUGAAUCCCGGAGAGCAGUGGCAGGCCUACCGCCACCACCAUUACCUUCUGGUUUGGCUGCUUCAGAGUGCCUCAUUGUUGGCCACGAAUCAGCUGAUUGAGCGUGUUCUUCUCUCCUCCAUGUUGAAUCCCGGAGAGCAGUGGCAGGCCUACCGCCACCACGGCCGCUCCUUCAGCCUGGAGUACCGCCUACGCUUUCGCUGCGACUCCAACUACUAUGGGCCCUUCUGCAACAAGUUCUGCCGGGCCCGCGACGACUUCUUUGGCCACUUCAACUGCGACCUCAGCGGCUCCAAGGUCUGCAUGGAGGGAUGGACGGGACCCGAGUGCAAAGAAGCGCUGUGCAGGCAAGGAUGUCAUAAGGCCCACGGCUCUUGCACCGAACCUGGACAAUGCACGUGUCACUACGGCUGGACCGGGUCUCUGUGCGACCAGUGUGUGACCUUCCCCGGUUGUAUGUACGGGAGCUGCACUGAACCCUGGCAGUGUGUGUGCGACGUCAACUGGGGCGGUCUCCUGUGUGACAAAGAUCUGAACUACUGCGGGACUCACCAGCCUUGCAAGAACAGCGGCACUUGCACCAACACAGAGCCCAACGAGUACCAGUGCGAGUGCCAAGAUGGUUUCAGGGGUCGCAACUGUGACAUUGUUGAACGCGCGUGCGUGUCAUUGCCAUGUGUGAACGGCGCCACCUGUGUGGAGGACUCCACGGGCUUCAGCUGCGUCUGUGCUGAAGGCUGGACUGGGCUGACCUGCGCAAAUGCGGUGAGGCAGUGCGACCGAAAUCCCUGUGGACCGGGUGCAACUUGUCAGGAGGCUCCAGGAGGUUACCAAUGCCUCUGCCCGCCUGGAUGGAGCGGCAGAACGUGCCAGCUGGAUGCAGAUGAGUGUGAAAUGAAAAUAUGUGUCCAUGCCCGCUCUUGCCGCAACCUGAUUGGUGGAUACCUGUGUGAUUGUCUUCCUGGAUGGGCGGGGUCAAAGUGUGACAUCAGGAACAACAGCUGUCAGGGCUUGUGUCUCAACGGGGGACAUUGUGAGGAACAGAUGUCGGGAUCCAGAUGUUUGUGCCCGCUUGGCUUCUCGGGAAAAAACUGUCAAAUUCGCCUCAACCUUUGUGAUAGCGCCCCCUGUCUGCAUGGAGGGCAUUGCACAGAGAAGGAUGAACGUGCCGUCGCCUGUGACUGCCCUUUGGGGUAUUCUGGAAUCUUCUGUGAGAUUGUGCAGGAUGUGUGCAACCCCAACCCUUGCUCGCAGGGGAUGCCCUGUCACAACAUCGAUGGCAACUACAUGUGUGCCUGUCCAGAGGGUUACCAUGGAAACGAGUGCCUCAGCCAAAAGAGCCCUUGUUUUGGACCUCACUGUCCAGGUGCCAUGUCAGACACAAAAGGGGGCAUCAGCUUCUACAUGGUCCUGUUGGGCGUUCUAGCGCUGGUGAUAGUAUGCGGCUGCACCGCGUGUGCCUUGGUCCUCUCCCACCUGCAGCACAAGCGGAAAAAACAGCAUGCCGUCCCGCCGGAGGAGGGCACCAUCAACAACCAGAGGGAGUAUGUCAACCUCAUCCGAAACCUGGACCACCUUGUCCCCCCGCCCCUUCCGCCUCCUGCCAUCCCGCUGGUUCAGACGCCGCCCACCACAGCCGCCGCCGCCGCCGUUAGCCCGCACUGCUAUGAGGAAAUUGAGCUGACUUUCCCUCCCACGCCGGCCCCCUCGCACUCGUCAUCCCCUGGGCUGAAGCAGGCCCCCGCUCCAAAAUUGGACAUUUCCAACCAGGAGCGGGAGAAGCUAAACCGCAUCCACUGCACAGACAGCCACGAGCUACAAGUGUGACCCUUGAAAUCUGAGGCUUAAUUUUUUUUUCCUGCUUACUUUGCACUCUCUCGCUCACAGGGUCCACGUUUCUUGUUUGGCCUAUCGUGUUGUUGAGACUCUGCAGAUGAUGUCAUGAGCUUGGAUACUUAAAGCUGCAAUUCCACCCAAAGUUCCAAGAACUUUUAAUACUCUGUACUUGUACUCCCGGUACUAUGACAGACCUGGUUUGAAGGAAAAGACUCAUGACUGUCGAUGGAGAUGGUGUUCUGUGUGUGGUGUGUUGUAUUGGUCAUUAUGAGUAAACUAUGAGAACAGUGCGUCCAAUUUGCCAUCAUAAUAUAUAUUGAACGGAUUUAACAUUUACAAUAGCCUUCACUGAAAAUUACUUUUAACACACCCCACAGUACAGGAUAAUUUUUUUUGAGACAUCUGAGAAUCGAGCCUUUGCUGACUUUUGAUCGGAAAAGGAAAAAUGCUGACAUUCGUCCUGAUUAUUUUGUGUUGUAGCCUGCUUUAGUCGUCAGUAUAUGAACAGGUGUAGACAAGGUUAAAAAACAAAAGUAGUCAGGAGCUAUGGAAUCAGAGUUGUUCAGCACUGUUGACCCCAUCUGAGCCUUUUUGAGCAAACCCUCCGAAUUCAUAAACACAACGGUCCUCAAAUGCUUACAGAGUCAAGUUUCCUUUGGUGGAAGUGCGCCAAAGUGACCUCCGAGUGCCUGAAACAGUGUCAGUCACAAUAAUUCAGGCCAAAAAUCUGAGAAUGGCUUCGAUGACCAAAUGAGUGGAUGAUUAUUUAAAGUCCAACAGGAUGAAUGUGAGAUUAUUUAAAGCAGCCAGUGUAUACAUUUUCUUCUAUUUACAAGGGGGAAGCUUCAUUUUCCAACACAUUUUCUGGAUUCUGAGUUUGUGUGCGAAAGACAACACAAUAUAGGAAAUAUGUCAGAACACAAUCCUCCGAGUUGUGCUUUAAAGCCUCAUGAUUUUUUUUUUAAACCAUACACUGUUGCCUGUCUUGUUUCUGUGAUUAUACCUUUUUUUGUCAUUUUGCCUGUAAGAUAGUUUGUACAUAAUUUUAUUGUAAAUAUUGAUGCCUCCCUUUUUUUUGUACCGUGGAUCAGUCUGAGAGUAUCACUCUUGUUGUUUUACUAUCGUUCUGUAAUAAAAGUGCAUUUAACAGUUUGGGAUUGUUGAAACCUGAAGUCAUAAAAUGUCCUCGGAAUUAGGCUGAGUCUUUCAUUUGGAUUUGUUUUGGUUUUGUAACCACUCGAGAAAAAGAGAGAAAGGGAUGCCCCAGGCUGAAUGUGAGGAUUUUGUGUCAAUGUGAGCAUUGUCGAUUGUUGCAUAUAUUCUCAGAAUAAUGUCAAAGUCAAAUCUACCUCGCUGAAUUUACGACAUUGGAAAGUUCUGUAAAUAACGUCGGCUGACUCAGCUCCAUGUAGUGUUAAUGGGCGCUGGAAUUCAACACCCUCCUUUGCCAAUACUGUUUAUAUUGCACGAGGACUGACUGUGCAUGUCAAACUUUUCAUGAGAGGAAAGGGGGAGACAUCUUUGCGUCAUAAAAUGAGACAACAGAUAAACUAAUCAAUUUUACAUUUAUUAACUGUAUACUAUUUAUUCUUGUCAUCAAAAAAUAAAUAUACACAUACUGUC